AUGUGGCGCUUGGCAAAGAACAUUCUCCCAAAUAGACACAACCAACAGAGGAAAGGUAUUGUUCUAGACACCUCCUGCCCUUUAUGUCAUUCUGAAGCAGAGACUGUGGAACAUUUAUUCAUGAACUGUAAUUUGUCCAAACUAGCACUGUUUGCAUCGCCUUUGCGUUCCCAUGCUCCCUUUAAUAUGGACCUGCAUAGCUAUUUGUUAGAUUGGCUAUCUUGUGCUGUUAAGGAUGACUCGCAGCUGUUCUGCACUAUCCUCUGGAAGCUUUGGUACGCUAGAAAUCAAGCUGUUUUUAAUGGGGCCACUACAGACCCUGUUAAUUUAGCUCACACAGCUAUUCAGUUUAUUCAGGAGUUCAAUGCAGCAAAUGUCAAGCAAAGGCCUCAACCACCCCGCCAAAGGAGGGACAAUGAUGGCACGUGCCAGGAUAUAUCCCAUCAUAUGUUUGUGGAUGCUGGAUGUUUUUCAAACGGACAAACAGGAUGGGGGCUGAUUCUGAAAAACCAGACACAGACAGGAAUAAUUACUCAUCACAAGUGCAAAUUGGAUUCGGUGGAAGUAGACCCUUGCUUGGCCGAAGCACUACGAGUGACAUGGGCGCUUCAAGUGGCAGUGAGGUUAGGCAUCCAAAGCUUGAAGCUCUCCUGUGAUGCUCUCAUUGUGGUGAAUUGUGUCAACAGAGCUGGUGUAGUAACAUCCAUUGAACCUGCCAUUGUUGUAAGCCGUGUUCAGGCUCCUUCGUUUGUUUAA